AUUUCCCUCAGAAAUCGCCGGAGUUUGACAAACAUGUAUACCAUGUGGACGGAACUGACGGGUACAGAGGGUACAAAAUUUGUAAAUUAUGGAAAUUACUGUGGUUUAGGUGGAAGUGGAACUCCAGUGGAUCCACUGGAUGGGUGCUGUCAAAGCCAUGAUUUGUGUUACGAGGAGGUCGAGUUGUCUGCUUGCCAACAGGAAGGAGAAAAAGCUUUGUAUGGCAAAAACUAUAACUACAAGAUAGAGAAUGAAAGAGCAACAUGUGCUGGAUUCCUCAAAAGGAAAAAAAGGAGAUGCAAAAAACGUCGUUGCAAAAAACGUCGAACGCUGAGAUAUACAGGUGAUAAUUCUACAUCGAAAGAUAAAAAUGACGACACUUGUGCAACGUCUUUGUGCCUUUGUGACGUCGUUUUGAAUAAUUGCGUUAAGUCUAAUCUUCACCUUUAUAACCCUGAGUACUAUCAUCAAGUCAGCAUCUCCGAGGCCAUGAUGCAAGGAAAUUACUUGAAGAACAUUUUGUGAUCCGGAAAUAAUUGCACUUGGAACCAAAAAAAUAAAAAUCUCUAAUUUUUUUAAAAAUAUUAAUUGUUAAUUUAUUCAUAUAAAAUUGCAUUUAUAAAUAUAACGAUAAAUAUUUAUCCGGAUAAAAGUUACUUCUGAUAUUUUUUCAAUAAAUUUUUAAUACAAAAGCAAAAACGCACACAAAAAUUUUUUAAAUCUAUAAUAUUUCUUUCAUCACUUACACGUAAAGAAAAAUUACUUAAAAGUAUUUUAAUAUAUGAGCAUUUUGUCUGUUUCAAUCUUACUUUUAUAAACUCGUUUUUAAAUUUAUUAUUGUGCCAGUUAUAUUUGUGUUAAUAAUUGAAUUUUGUUCUUAUUUUUUAAUUUUAUUCUUUUAUAAUUUUAUUUAUCCGUAACCUCGAUAAGUUAAACAUUCCUCAAUCGAUAAAUAUCUACCUUAGCUCGGGAAACGAUAUGAGCGACUGAUUUGCAAUAUACAAUUCUGGAACAGAAACGUCCACCCAGUUUAAAGCAUUUAAAUCUGACAAAUUUUCAACUUUUUUUAAAUAAAUUUAUCAGUUUUAAUCUGAAUACCUUAAAUUUAAUGUUCUUUCUUCAUCUUCUUCUCAUUUUCCUAGUAAUAAUUAAAAUUGUAAUUUAAAGCAUGUAGAAUAUUAUGACUGUUUGAUGUAUCCCCACCGAUUUUUUGUCACGCUAUUUGUCAAAACAACAUCUUUCUCUGUUCUAUAUUUGAUUCGACUUUUGUCUGUAUAACAACGAAUGUUGAAUAAAAAUUCUAAUGUCCGUAAUAUUAUCUUUUGUGGAAAAAAUAAAUAUUUUAUGAACUGUCA